CGUGCGUGUUAGGGAGUAUGGUGUAUGCUGCAGCUCCUCCGCACCUCGGCCGGCACCUUGUCUCUUCGAUGCUCAUCCACUUGCACGUGCCCUGCCCUCACUUCCAAUCACUCACUCUCUCCAACCCCACACCCAUAUAAACCCCCUCCUCUCCUGUUGUUCUCUCCGACUCCCUCAUCCUCCCUCCCUCUUCUCCGUUCUAGACGAACAUGUUCUCCAAAGGUGGCACCUCCUUGUCUUCCAAGACCAAUGAUGAGGAAGAAGACCGCUCCGUCUUGUUGCUCUCUCUUUGGCCGCCUGGAUGCCAAGGCACCCCUUCCUCCUGCUCCUCACCAGCUUCUUCUUCCUGCUCCUCUUCUACUUCCACUUCCGUUGCUUCUAGUCGGUUACAUACCAGCUUCAUACAGCAGCAGCAGCAGUACCUCUCCCAGUCUUCCACUCGGGGGGACGAUGACUCGCCUGUGACGAUCGCGCUGUCCAUCGGCCCGCCCAAUGCGAGUGCUAGUGCAAGCACAAGCGGCGUGGCCACCACCGCCGCUGGCUUCAACCCCGUUCCUCGUCAGUACUGGAUCCCCUCUCCCGCUGAAAUCCUCAUCGGCACCACCCAGUUCUCAUGCACUGUGUGCAACAAAACCUUCAACCGAUACAACAACAUGCAGAUGCACAUGUGGGGGCACGGCUCGCAGUACCGGAGAGGAUCGGAGUCGUUGCGUGGCGUCACGAGGCAAGUGCCGUCACCAUCUCUGUUGAAGCUGCCGUGCUACUGCUGCGCCGAGGGGUGCAAGAACAACAUCGAGCACCCGAGGUCACGGCCGCUCAAGGACUUCCGGACGCUGCAGACGCAUUACAAGCGCAAGCACGGAGCGCGGCCCUACGCGUGCCGGAGGUGCGGCAAGGCAUUCGCUGUGCGGGGCGACUGGCGCACCCACGAGAAAAACUGCGGGAAGCUGUGGUUCUGCAUCUGCGGCUCCGACUUCAAGCACAAGCGAUCUCUCAAGGACCACGUGAGGUCAUUCGGCAGCGGCCAUGCGCCUCACCUCGUGGAGACGAUGAGCGUCGAUGAAGAGGAGGAGGAUGAGGUAGAAGAAGAUGGCGAGGACGGUGAUUAGGAGGGCAAUGGAGACAGCGUUCAUCGUAACAGACUUCGUUAAGCUUAGGAUCCGAGAGAGAGGGGGGUAGAUGAUGCAUGCUAAGGUACUUCAAAUCGGAGGUUUCCAUCAGUUUCUUUACUUCUUUUUUCUUUAGGUUACUGUUGUCUACUGUCGUUGUGUCCCGUGCACGAGAGAGAGAGAGAGAGAGAGAGAGAGAGAGAAUGGAUCU